UAUUUAGUCACGCCCUCAAGACAAUGGUAGGGUACAUUAAGGCAAGGACAGUUAGUAAUAUCUGGGUUUACUGGUACAAGAAGGUGCUUUCAAGUUGAUUAAAUACCAUUGUUAAUGUCAAUUCUAUUUGGAUUAUUAUUAUUUUCACCUGCACUGCUGUCAUCUGGAAUCCAUAGCCCGGCUGUGUCCCGUAGCUAUAUAUUUGGUCUGGAGGACUGUGAAAGACGAUGCAUCUGGUACUCAGGGUACUGUGUUUCUCUCUGCUCAUACCGGGCUGUCUGAGUAGCACUGGUGAGAUAGCGAUAGGCUGUGCGCAAUGGAGAACCUCUGCUGGUUCUCCGGAUAUCUGCUGUGAAAGCUGCCAUCCAGGGAACCGUCUGGUGACUCCCUGUGGUCCAGACCCGAAAAAGCUGUGUGUUCCCUGUAGGAAUGAGACCUACACAACUGACACAACAUCAUUCUUCUGUCGCAGGUGUACUCAGUGCGUAGGUGGGGCACUGACCCUUAAGAAGGCCUGUACAAGAAGCAAGGACACAGAGUGUGACUGUAAGGCAGGACUCAGAUGUGGUGAUGGCCACUGCUCCUUCUGUGUCCAGGAGUGUGGAAAGGGCCGGGAACCUCUUCCCGCUGCACGCUCCUGCCGGAAUUGUCCAGUUGGGACCUUCAGUGACCAAAUCCAUGAGAAGUGUAAGCCUUGGAGAACAAGCUGUCCCCAUCCCAAUGAACACAUUGUGGCCUUGGGAGAUGCAGUUAGUGACAGCAAGUGCGGCAUUACCAACAAUUCAAUCCCCCAAGUGAUUACCUUACCUACGAAACGGGGCUCUGAAGAUGGCACAGGGCUGGUUUGGGCUAUAACGGCCUUGUGUGGAGUCUUUAUCAUCCUUAUUAUCUUGUUUCUGGUCAUCAUCAUCAACAACAGCAAAAAGAAACCAGAGAAGACAACCCACAAUGAGCCAAACCUUAUUGUGCCAACUCCUCCUACAGAUGAGCCGAGGAGCCUGAUAGAGGUCAGUUUCCACCACCCUCAGCAGGAACAGGGCAGCAGUUCUGAAACACUGCACUCCCAGGACUCUGAGACCAAGCUCCUGCCUGUGUGAUUGGGAGUGGCGAGGUUAUACUAGAUCUGAUCUACAGGCCACUACCUCACACACUGGCUCUCUGAUGCCUUUCCAGUGAUUGGCCAACACAUCGUUCCAGUACUGUUAGACUCUGAUUGUUCAUGCCACACGCUGUCACUAAGGAAUUGAGAGGUUCAGAUACUUUUGAGCAUUUGUGAUCUCUUUAAUUACCCCAGUAUUUGUUUGUAUCUUACAUGCACAUUCAAAGAUGUGAAUAUUGAGAUCUCUAUGUAACAAUGACUUUCUGUGAAAGUAUACCAUUUAUGUCAGCCAGUAAACUGAUAUUCAAAUGUCAGUAGUGGUGGGGAAGUUCAGGGGGAAAAAGUCAUUAUUUGACCUAUUCAAUAGUUAAGACUCCCCAGCAGUUACUGUAUCAAGUGUCUGCUGCUGGAUUAGUUCAACUAUGUACAUACUUGUACAUUUCCUGGUUUUAUUAGCAUAGUUUCCUGUUAAUAUAGUUUAGAUGACCUAAACGUGAUGACAUGCUACACUUGACAUUUGUAUGUGCGAGGGUGUGAGCAGCGUCAUGCUGUUUUCCUAUAAUAUAGCAGCAACAGUGUAAACCACAGGCAGCUAGAUGUGACUGCCCACAUGCCUCCCACUGCCACAUAUUCACGUAUUUCCUGUAAGGCUAAACUCCGCUGCCCACAGUUACUGAGCAGAAGUAAAUACCCCUAUUUAACAUUCCUAGGUCUUUUUCUCAGCACUUUGUUAGGAAUGUGCCAAUGUGAUACAGUACGGGACUUGGAGCAGCGUUUUGUGUGAAAGUACUGCUUGUAUUGAAUGGGAUAAGAGUGAUGGACAUGUGUGGGAAACAAUAUGUCAUAUUCUUCUCUAUGAUACACUGCCAGAAAGUGAAGGGUCUGGACUUUCCUCAAAUGUAGUAGGGGAUGCUAAAGGUCAGGGAAUCCUCUCAUGUGGGGCUUUCCCCAGCCCUUUACACAGAAGCUUAUCUAAUGUCAUUGGAACCAUAAAUGAACUAAUACGAAUGUAAAUUGUACUUGACAACAAUUUAUAAUGUAGGCAAUAGGCAUUGCAAAUGAUUCCAAAGGGCUACCUUUAACCUAGUUUGAUUAAACCCUUUCACCACUGUAGUUUUGCAAUCACAAGCAUUGUUUAUUGCUAUUCCUUUGGCUUGCUUAUACAUGCAUGUUAACUCAAGCCGUUUGGCCCUGGUUGUAAAUAAUAGCUUUCACAAGGUAUCCUACGUGCUGUACAAUGGAAUGACAGAUCUGUGAUAAAGUGUCUGACACGCGAUACCUCCCUGUGGGCUCUCCACUAAGCAGAGCUGGGAAAGCCGAGGGAUUCUGAUGUGUCAUAUUAAUCAUGUAGUACCAUCACUGCUGGGAAUGUACACAAUGAACACAAUGAAACUAGUCUGACUAAAGCUCACGGGAUCUCGUUGGAAUGCUGACCUACACAGUGCAGGGAAGACCCGUGACUGUUAAAAAGAGCACCUCAGCCAGAGGAUCGUGUAGAAACAUUGGUCAGAUCUGUACUCAUGUAACCUCGACUUGUCAUGAGUAUACAGAGGAGUAGCGUAUCAUAGUGGAGUUACAGUAACUACGUAAUGUUGUCUGAACUGUAUCUGUAUUUAGCUAGUGUGACAGGCAUAGGCCACUGAGAUGGAACAUCUCACAUUCACAAUAGGGGCCAUAAUUGCCUACAUGGUGUAAAAUGUUAACCCACACCCAUGGAGUGGGCUUAUAACAGUAGAGGUGUUAAUGAGUCAUCACCACCACAGACUGUCAGUCAUCUGAGGACAGGAUUUUUAAAGAGCCAGUUACUGAUGGAUUAUUGAGUGGCAUUCAUGGGGAUAUGUACUUGGACUGGCAGGCUCCUAGGACUUUCUAUGCCUUGUAUACAAUAUGUUAUAGGCCAUGAUAAAAUGGUACUGAUUGAAUAAGUACUGUAAUAUUGUUUUGAUAUUAAAGAACUAGUAAAUACCA